AUGAAGUUCUUCACAGGAUUGUCUCUGCUCGCCCUUGUUUCUCCAUCCCUAUGUGUUCCUGCCGUCCAGCUUCGUCCGCGGAAUGGCCUGUCAUCAACCGAACAACCCUUGAUUAAGCUCAAGCCACAAUGGACUGAGACUCGCGAGCUUGUCAACCUAGAUGGUCUGUGGAAAUUCUCACUUGCAUCCGGCCCCAACGACACAGCUCAGCCGUGGACUGCACCACUGCCCAAGGGCCUUGAAUGUCCAGUCCCCGCCUCAUAUAACGAUAUCUUUGUUGAUCCUGAGAUUCACAAUCAUGUUGGGUGGGUAUAUUACCAGCGUGAUGUGAUUGUUCCCAAGGGCUGGUCUCAGGAGCAAUAUCUGUUGCGAGCUGAGUCUGCUACGCAUCAUGGUCGGAUUUAUGUCAACGACCGCCUCGUCGCCGAGCAUAUUGGUGGCUACACACCCUUUGAAGCAGACAUCACGAACCUUGUUGCCCCUGGAGAGAGGUUCCGCUUGACAAUUGCCGUCAACAAUGAGCUCACCCAUGAGACCAUCCCGCCGGGGAAGAUCACGAUUGGGGAAGCUACCGGCAGGAGAAUCCAGACUUACCAGCACGACUUCUACAACUACGCCGGUCUUGCCCGGUCUAUUUGGCUUUACUCCGUGCCUCGCCAACACAUCCAGGACAUCACCAUUGUGACGGAUGUUCAAGGGAACAAUGGCCUGAUUCACUACGACGUCAAAGUAUCCAACAACACCGGUGGACAGAUCAAGAUCACUGUUCUUGACGAGGACGGUGUCGCCGUUUCACAUGCAACCGGCGCCAAUGGAACCGUCAAGAUCAAGUCCGUUAAGCUGUGGCAACCGGGUGCAGCCUAUCUCUACCAGUUCCAAGCCAGCAUUGUCGACUCCAAAGACAAGAUCAUCGACACCUACAGCGUGGCUACGGGCGUGCGCACCGUCAAAGUAAGCGGGAAGAAAUUCCUCAUCAAUGACAAACCCUUCUACUUCACCGGGUUUGGAAAACAUGAAGACACCGCGGUACGUGGCAAAGGCCACGACCAAGCAUACAUGGUCCACGAUUUCGACCUGAUGAAUUGGAUUGGAGCAAACUCAUUCCGGACAUCACACUACCCCUACGCCGAAGAAGUCAUGGAGUUUGCUGACCGGAAUGGCAUCGUCGUUAUCGAUGAGACACCCGCUGUGGGUCUGAACCUUGGUCUGUCGAUUUCCGGGAGUACAACUGUUCGCACCUGGUCCGAGGAAAACAUCAAUAAUAACACCCGGCAGGCGCACAAGCAAGCCCUCCGGGAACUCGUGGCUCGCGACAAGAACCAUGCCAGUGUUGUUAUGUGGUCAAUCGCCAACGAGCCUGCUUCUCACGAAAAUGGGGCGCGCGAAUACUUCGAGCCACUCACCAAGUUAGCUCGUGAGCUGGACUCCACGCGUCCAAUCACAUUUGCAAACGUGGGAGGCGCAACCUCGCAGCUCGACAAGAUUGCCGACCUCUUCGAUGUCACCUGCAUCAACCGGUACUUCGGUUGGUACUCGCAGACCGGCGAUCUCGCCGAAGCAGAGGCAGCUUUGGAAAAGGAGCUGCGCGGCUGGCAGGAUAAGUUUGACAGGCCAAUUAUCAUGACUGAGUAUGGCGCAGAUACCCUGGCGGGUCUGCACUCCGUCCUUGGUCUGCCUUGGAGCGAGGAGUUCCAGACUCAAAUGCUGGACAUGUACCACCGGGUGUUUGAUCGGUUUGAGGCAAUGGCUGGCGAGCAUGUCUGGAAUUUUGCCGACUUCCAGACUAGCCUGGGUAUCUACCGGGUAGAUGGUAACAAGAAGGGUGUCUUCACUCGUGACCGAAAGCCGAAGGCAGCUGCACACAGUCUGAGGGAGCGAUGGACUAACCUGCAUAAGAGUGGCUGA